UAAAAGGCACCGAGCUGGUUGAAAAAUCUCUCAGCUUAGGAAUUGGAUCCUCGGAGUCCGGAUUAAUUACAACUUUCCAGCAUUCCUGCUAUGAUUUCUGCACGGCACCAGUUCUUCCUUAAAGCAGACCAAGGAAUAAUGGAGGACGAGGAACACCUGGAGGAAGGAGACAAUGGCUGCUCCCUUGCAUCUGACUCAGGGCUGCCCCGCGUCUUCAAAAUAUUACAGAAAUGGGUUCCUAAGGCCUCUCCCUAUUUUGACAAAGAACAUUACUGCUACGCUGGCCACCAGAUCACCAUUCAAGAGUCCAUCGAAAACUUCGGAGCCGUAGUAUGGCCUGGCGCACUUGCUCUGUGUCAGUACUUGGAAUCAAAUCAACAAGAAAUCAGUCUCCGAGACAAGAAGUUACUCGAACUGGGAGCUGGUACAGGCCUGGUGUCCAUUGUGGCAAGUAUACUAGGUGCUUUUGUGACAGCUACUGACUUGCCCGAGGUCCUUGAAAAUAUGGAGUUCAAUAUUUCAAGAAACACACGCAACCUGAACGUUCACAAGCCCGAAGUAAGAAAGCUGGUUUGGGGAGAGAAUCUCCACGCAGACUUCCCCAUAUCAACCCAUCACUAUGAUUUUAUUGUGGCUACUGAUCUGGUGUACCACCACACAGCUCUUGAAGCUCUGUUAGUCACCAUAGGCUACUUUUGUCAGCCUGGGACAAUCUUGUUAUGGGCAAACAAAUUCAGAUUCAGCACAGAUUACGAUUUUUUGGACAGAGUUGGCAACAUGCUCAAUAUCACACAGCUAGCCGAAUUUCCAGAGUCAAAUGUUAAGUUGUUCAAAGGCACAGUAAGGGAAAAUUAAGAUCCGAAAGAGUGACAGAAUCUAGAACAGAUGCAGCCUAAAAGUUUACAAAGCAGUAGUUUUUAAAAGAUGUUAAUUACCCCCUUCUUCACAACAGCCUGGUGCAUUCAAGUUGGCUUUUGGGGUUCUAUUUCCCAAUAAUGGGUAAUCCCAAAAAGCAAGACUGUAUGCAACGGGGGUCAAAUAAGUGGAUUUUAGUAAAUGCUCUCCUGCUCCUUAUGCAGCUGUUGCCCCAGAUGAUUAACAGAACAUGUUCGACCACCACCAAACUGCAUCCUUUUGGAGCUACCCACGAUGUUAUGCCCUGGGUUUUUCCAUAAAACUGAUUUACCGGUAAUUGGACCUGAAAGCUUAACCCCACAUCCUGUUGCUAGAAACAGAAAGGAGAGAGGACCAUUUUACUCCGUAAGUCCCAUGUGACUACAGAAAGCAACUCCAGUAACAUGAAUAAGCUGUAGUGUAAUGAAGCCACAACAUUUCAGAUUAAAAUGUAGGGUUGCGCUUCUACAAGGAUAAACCAAUUCCAGGUAAUGGGGCUACCAUGCUAUAGCUUUAUAGAGUCCUUUUAAAAGUCCUCUGGUUCUAUAAGCAGUGCCAAAUUGUUGUCUCAAUAACAGGCAUAUAAAAUAUACGCUGUGACCAAUAUUUGCUACAAUGCUGAAAUGUAACUUUUUACUUGGCCUCCAUGAAGUCAGAUAGACUAGAUUAUGUGUCCUCCCUCCACCAGCUCUGAAAAUAGCAUUGAUUUCCUAAUGCCUCCCUUUAGUUACUCUUGAAAAAAUUAGGACAGAUCUCAGCUUUGUUUGAUUGUUUUUAUUAUUAACAAAAUUAAAAGUAUGAGAGUGCGCACGUUUUUGAUCUUGAAAUUUGCACAUUUAUUUAGCAGUUUUACAUUUCCCUCCCCCAAAACAUUAUUAACAUAUCUUAUGUAUAAGUUUUACAAUACCUGAUUUAAGUGUUAACUGACUGUUUAUACAUGUAUCAGUUUAUCCGAUACUCUGCAACACAUGGAUAUCUGAGAGCAUCUCCGAGUUGAAGAUAUUCAAGAGCACCUUUUGCACCAGCAAUUCAAAAUACAUUUGCAGUGAGUGUGAAAGUUUUUAAUUUUAAAAAAAUUCAAAAUGUAAACUCUUGCAAGUGAUACUGGUAAUUAAGUUCCAUUACUGUUAAGUCUAAUAAAUAAGGUUUUAGCUAC